AAUAGUACGAAAACAAACGGUGAUAAUUUUCAUUGUCAUUUUAUAUUGUUGUAAAUUAAUAUUAUUCUAUUAACAAUGAACGAAGAUCCAAGAGAGGUUCUCGCUCUUCUGAAUUCUUUGGGGUUCGUUGGAAUCACUGCUGAACAACUGAAAGGUUUUAUGAAAGAUUUGAAGUUGUAUAGGAAAAUAAAAGAACGCGAGAGACAGCAGAGGAAAGAACAGAUCAAACAGAAAAUACUGAGUAAACAGCAAAGCGAUAUCAAGGAAAUUCUUAGAGAACAGAGAAGGGAGUUUCAUUCAGCAGUGAAUACAAUAUCUACAGAUACUUCUAAUUCUUUUGGCGAUGAGCCUCUUGUGAGGGUGAAAGUAAAGUGUUUAUCAAAGGACAAAGAAAACAAGGAAUCUACAAAUUCUGGAGAUAGUCGUAUAGGUACAAGAAAAAAAAUAGAUAUUAUAAAGACAACGUCCAAGAAAACAUCUGACCAUACCAAUGUUAAAUCUACUAGUGCAUCCUAUGAUGAUGAAAGUAGUAAUAGUUGCUUGAAGAAUGGAAAAAAAUGUCUCCAUUGCAUAAGACAGGAUUCUUAUACAAAAAAGAAAUGUAAAGUAAAAACAGAGGAUGAUAAAAUAAUGCAACAGGAUGAACCAACAACUUCACAACCUGUUCGUCCAAUGAGUGCUCCAAAUAUAUUGGAGUAUGAACACGAACGUAUUGGAAGUGGUAGAACAAAAAGUAUAUUGUCUACAAAAACCUCUCAGUCUGGAGCAAAGUCAUUCAUUAGACCAUGGAGAUUACAACCUGAAGCCCAAAAGAGUUUAAAUGUUAAGAAAUCUGACCCGGUUACGCUUUAUCAGAAGUAUCAGCAAGAAUGGAAACAGAUGUCUUUUCCUGGGGAAGCUAAACACGCGGGUCUGAGAUGGGCAAUUCGCGAAAAAAUGUUAGGUGGGGAUCCUCAUCCCAUGCCUGUUCCCAAAAAAUCUGCAAGUAUGCCAACAUUAAAAAAAAACUGACCUCUGUUAAAUUAGGACUCGAAAAUUUCAUAUUAGGAUUGGAUGGAUGUAAGGGACAGAAAUUUUAUAGUCACAAUUUUCGCUUAAUUCUUACAAGGAUAGAGAACUAUUUACUGGUAAUAA